AUGGGCGACAAGUCCGUGAACGCCGGCCGGUUCGAGACCGUACACAGCAUAGCCAGCACCUCGGAGCCGGAGACGAACCAGUACGGCCACCUCACGCUGUGGCAGUCCAUCAAGAAGUGGCGUCGCGUCGUCUUUUACUGCGUAGGCAUGACAUCUGCCAUCCUGCUGUAUGGCUACGACUAUGUCAUCGUUGGCACCGUAUCAGCCAUGCCCAGCUUCCAGCGGGACUUUGGCCAAAGGCUCGACGGCAAGAUGAUUCUUCCGUCUCUAUGGCUUGGUCUCUGGAACUUCGUCAGCCCGGGCUGCUCCAUGAUUGGGGCCUUGGUUGGUGGUAUCUUUCAAGACAAGUUCGGUCGCCGCCCGUCACUUGCAGUCGGCUCAUUUCUGUCGGCAGUCGGCGUUGCCAUUUGUUUCGUUUCCAACUUGUCUCCCGACAUUAAUGAACGGCGCAUUAUCUUCCUUGCGGGCAAGGGAUUCCAGGGUGGAGCCAUUGGCAUGGUAAUGGGAACUUCGUCGACCUACAUGUCCGAGAUUCUCCCACCGAACCUGCGAGGGCCGCUUCUUGCCUUCUUUCCCAUCUUUACUUUGCUCGGGCAAUUGAUUGGGGCAGCAGUCAUUUUUGCAUGCCUCAACCUGGCUAACGGGUACACCAUUUGCUUCGCAUCGCAAUGGCCGUUCUCGGUCAUCCCCCUGUUGAUGGCUUUCAUUAUCCCAGAGAGCCCGACCUACCUCAUUCGCAGAAAUCUGGAUGAAAAGGCCUACAAGGCUCAGAAGAGGUUGGACACACCGGGAAUGGACCCAGAGAAGACAUUGGACGCCAUCCGUCAGAACAUCGAGCAUGAACGCCGGCAGACCAAUGCAACAUAUGUCGACUCGUUCCGCGGGGUGAACCUUCGACGGACCCUGAUCAUCAUGUUUGCCAACUCUCUGCCGAACAUCUUCGGCUUGACCCUGCUAUCGAAGUCCAGUUACUUCGUGCAAGUGGUUGGCAUGAAGGCCAACCUGAGCGUGAUCGUCCUUAUUCUAGGGCUCGUUUGCGGCUUGAUCGCGAACAUCGCCAGUGUUUGGGUCCUCUCAAAGGUGGGACGCAGACGCCUCAUCUUAAGCACGCUGUCUCUCUUGACAGUCGUAUGGACCGCCAUGGGCAUCUCCGGCUGUUGGUCGGGCCCUGUAACCGUUUGGUACACUUCUAUCUCGUUGAUAGUGGUUGUUAUUGUUGCCGGGCUAGGUGUCUGGCCUGCUUCGCAUGUUGUCGGUGCCGAGACCUCAGCGCUACAUCUGCGUUCCAAAGCCCAAGGUAUCGGCUGGUUCACGGCCGGCGCGAAUAAUUCCAUCUUCGGGUUCGUGCUGCCGUAUAUUUUCAACCCCGACAAAGGCAACCUAAAGGCCAAGACCGGUUUCGUGUACGCGGGCCUGUGUGCCCUCGGGCUUGUCAUUUCCUUCCUCUGCAUUCCGGAGAUGAAGGGACGAACACCAGCAGAGAUUGAUCGCAUGUUUGAGUCGCGGCUACCGGCAAGGCAGUUCCGACACUGGACCAACUCAACGGCGGAAAUGGAUGACGGCGUUUCUAGAGCUGGCAGCUCUGGUGUGUAA